UCGCCUUUCCAGCUCAGUCUGCCGCGAGCUACCUAACCCUAAGAAGUUGAAAUCAUUUGUUGAUUUUUAUUUGGGGAAAAUAUCAAUUUAAUAUCUAAUCGGUAUGAAUUAAGCUACGAUCGCUGGUUGAGAUCAUUUGUACUUCUGCUAAGUCAAAUCUUCAACAAAAUGUGUUCGAUUAAGUCGGUUGGAUUUCUUCUAAUCGCACUGGUGACGAUCGUCAGCUGCCAGCUGGACGAAGGUAGCGGUGACCAGGACGAAACCGUGGUCACCGGCGAUGACGCGGUGACACCGUCCUUGAUCGAUGACUACGUCAACUGUCCACCCGGGAUGGACCCGGAGAAGACGAUGAAUGGGGACGCGGAGAAUGACUACGACGAUUACUACGAUGACGCGUUCCAGGUGCCGAAGGUUUCCGAAGGGGAGAACUACACGGUGGAGAAUGUUUCCGUGGUGUUGGUGGGGGAAGAUUCGCUGACGACGUUGGCUGUGGGGGAUGAGGAUGGUGUGGUUGUUGGGUCUAUUGAGAGUGUGGUUGAUGAUGACGAUGAGGACGUUGUGGAAGAUUCUGGAGAGGAUAACUUGGUCGAACAAUCGGAUGAGGAGUUGUUGAACGACUACCCGGUGAAGUUGAUCAAGUCUCCGAAGAUCUACAACGUACCGGACACUGAGACUUUGGAGGCCAAGUUUGCGGCUUAUAAGAAGGAGCAUUCCGAGGAGGUUGAACUUGUAUCGCCUGGGUAUCCUCAGCCUUAUCCGGAUAUUGUUGAUGAAGGUUAUCAGGAGUUUAACGUUUCCGAAGGGAUUGGUGUUCAGGUAACGAUCCACGAGCUCGAUCUGGAUCCUACCAGUGACUUCUUGCACAUUCGGGGUGGAACAGUGAACGAUACCGAUGAAAAGGGACCGAUAUUUACUGGGAAGAUUGAUGAGCCGGUGCGUUUUUUGAUCGCCCAUACGACGACCUUCUCGGUGAGGUUUUUGUCUCAGCAUGAGGCGGGUUCGGAGCCUCACGAUUAUCGAGGGUUCCGGUUGACGUACGCACCGUUCGGCACCAAGAUAGAACCGACUACGACUACCACUACGGAGCCACCGGUUCCACAGGAGGAGUACCAGUGGAUCCGGAAGGAGAUAUCCGUCACUAAGGCAAUGAUGCAAGCCUUGGAUACGUGGGCAAAGGUUCGGGUGGAGCUGUCCAAUGCUACGAAUCUGUUUGUGGAGGAGCACAAGCUCAAGUACAGGCCGAGCAAGCCCGAGGACAUCCGAAUCGUAGCCCAGAAGUGUCCGGACACGUGGCCCAACUACGAGGAGUGUGUAACGCUCCGCUUCGCCGUACCCCUCCGUCCCGAACCCGUCGAAGAAGAUCAAUCCCCGCAAGGACUCAACGGACUCUUCGGCAAGAGCUACAUCUCGGUCUCCACAACCGAACCUCCCAAGCAGGAGUACCAGCUGUCCGAGGCGAACCUGGAGCGCAUGUGGAACGAUUACGGCGCGAUGGCGCUGGCCCAGAUCGGAAUCGAAGCGUACAAGAUGCCUGAAAACUCGCAAGUCCUCCUGAUCUGGAUCGCGAUCAGCUUGUGCAUCGUGGCGGCCUUCAUCUUCGUGCUGUACAGCAUCUGGAAGAUCGACUUCUUCAAGGACUACCGGCGCAUCUCCAAAAUGAGCCGCGAGCAGCCGGAUGAUGACCGGAACGAGCUGAAGAAGAAGGAGUUUGACAUCUCGAUGUUCCCGUCGCCACACCAGAUCGUGCCGAGCUUCUUCCCUACCGGAGAUCCGUACAGCGAGCGUGCCGAUGGACAAUACGCUUACGACAACUCCACGAUGAACCCGUUCGCGGAGGAAGCCUUCGAGGUCCGCCAAUCCCCAAAGCCUCGUCCCAAGCAGCAGGUCUUCGAACCACUCUCCCCGACUGACUAUUCCCCAAGUAUCGUAGAUUUCAACGAGCUCCCGGAAACCAGAUCGCCCAGAAGAAGCCGGAAUAAUCCCUUUCUGCCGGCAAGCAACGGCGGUGGCUUCAAUCAGGCCGGACCGAGACCGUAAAAUCGGUUGGCAAGUUAAUUAAAAGCCGUUUCUUAGCGUACUUUAGUGGGUCGAACCGCCGACGCUAAACGGAUGGGAAAGUUGUUUGUGUGUGUAAUAAGUAUUCGGCUUAACGUAAAGGCAACAUUUGAUAUAUAAAACAAUAAAAAGUCGCUCAAUUUGUGCGUAAGUGGACACCAUAAUGGAUUGAGGGGAACACUGA